AUGUAUGACAAAAAAUCAUUAAAGAAAAUUUUUAUUUUUGCAAAACUUGUAAUUAUAAAAAAAAAGAGAUUUUUUACUUUUGAUCAAUUACAGAUUUAUACCCGAACAACAAAAAUUUACACUCUAAUACAACUUUAUGAGGCUGUUUUGAUAAUUAUGUUGAUGUUGGAACAAUUAGCGUUUUUUGUGUUUUAUAUCGAGAAGAAUUUUCGGCCCGUUUAA